UUGCAUGGCUCUAGGUAGCACUGCACAGCUAGCAAAGGGCGAGGAGAGGAGGGACUCAGGGGAAGAAGGGCGCCCGGAUGAGGCAGGGCACUCCCACGCUGCAGUGUACCGGCACCUACCCGAGAGCGACCGCUCUCUUUCCCCUUCCGUGUCUAGCUAGCUAGUCUCUCUUCUCUUCCUUUUAUACCUCCCCAUCUCCCUCUCCUCGAUCUCUAGCUCCCUGCAGCUGCCACCAUCGUGUGCAUAUCCUUGUCGGCUCGAUCCAGCCGUACGUUAUCUUCCACACGAGGCCAGCCAUGGCGAAGCAGUCGUGCUGCCACAAGAAGAGGCUGAGGAGAGGGUUAUGGUCUCCCGAGGAGGACGAGAAGCUCAUGAACCACAUUGCCAAGUACGGCCACGGGUCCUGGAGCUCCGUCCCUAAGCUUGCAGGACUUGAGAGGUGUGGCAAGAGCUGCAGGCUGAGGUGGAUAAACUACCUGAGGCCAGACCUGAAGAGGGGCACAUUCUCACAGGAGGAGGAGGACCUCAUCAUACACCUCCAUUCCAUGCUAGGAAAUAAGUGGUCACAGAUUGCGUCGCAGCUGCCCGGCCGGACGGACAACGAAGUGAAGAACUUCUGGAACUCGUACAUCAAGAAGAAACUCAGGGAGCGCGGCAUCGACCCCGCCACCCACAAGCCGCUCACGGAGGCCCCAACGUCGCCAACGACGACCGCGUGCCGCGCCGUGUUCAGCGACGCAGAGCUCAACCCGACGCCGACGCCGGCCCAGGUGGAGCAAAUGCUGGAGGGCCUCAAGAUGCCUCUGGAUGAGGACUGGCCCAACAACGGGAUGUCCGAGUGCUACCAGGUGCCCCCCGGCCCAUGCGCUUUCGACAUGGGCGCGCUGCAGCAGCACUGCGGCGGCGCCUUCCCGUCGGCGUCGAGCUCCAGCACACUGACAGGCCAGCAGAGCCCUGGGGCCAGCCUGCCGUGGCUGGAGCUCGGGCCGACCGACGGGGGCCACUACGCCGGCGCGUUGGGGGAUGAGCUCAGGUGGUCGGACUACUUCGACGGCGCCUGCUUCCAAGCAACCACGACCCUGCAGGGCGCCCAACAGCAGGGACAGUACUGCGCCUACGACACCGGCAAGGACGACGACGCGGCGCAGCUCGACGUCCACGGGCUAAGCAAUUGGUGCUAGCGAGCUAAUGCAUCAAGCCAUCAAUCAAACAACCAAUCCAUCAAGAAAACAGCAACACUUCAUCUCUUCAUGAACGAUUACAAUUUACAUGUUGAUGUAUACGUGCACAGGGCAAGACAAGGAUCGAUAUGGAGAUACUUGCUGAGCCUGACUGCCAAGAUAAAUACAGUAGUAUACUGCCUACAGUUUAUAUUACACUGCUAUUACUUUUGCUACUAGUAGUGUUGCAUUUUGUUUCGGUACGUGUUGAGUACACAUUAUAUUAAUAGUGUGUUAUAAUCACGUCAAAGGUGACAUGUAAAAAGGAAAUGGUGGUGGCACACCCUACAGACAAAGAUGGGCCAUGUUUGGUUAAAUAAAAGAGCGCAUAAAUAAUUGAUUAGUA